AUGGAAGGUGGGUCUCACCUAGGUUGGGCUCGAAGCCUCGAAGCUGUUCUAUCGGAUAGAUCAGCUCUUGAUGCAUUUCAAGAAUGGUUGAUGGAGUAUUCAUCUCCUCAAUAUCUUGAUUUGUAUUUUGCAAUUCGAGCCUAUGAGAGGAUGGCUUUGGAGGGAAAACCAGAGAAAAGUCAACUGUCGAAGUCGAUCUACUCAAAGUUCUUAUCUUCAAGAACGGGAAACUGCGAGGCUAUUCCGAAAAUUUAUAGAGCACCGAUCGGUGAGAAAAUUCGUCAUGGGAUCGAGCUAGAAGAUCGAGUAUUCAGUCACUGUUCCUCUUUUGUGCUGGAAUUUUUGAGAAGACAACACGAAGAGUUCGUUAGAUCUGAUGAAUUCAUUGAAGCUCUAAAUAGGAUGUCAUCCAAUGCUGAGCAUCAACCCGCCCACCACUUACAAUCCACCUCAACAUCCUCUCAUCAGAAUACUAUCGACCGAAGAAAGUCAUCUCAACCAACGUCUUCUGGAACUUCUUCCAGAAGAAGUGCAGCUCAAACUGCAACUCAGUUAACGGCUGAAGCUCUUCUGAAAUCGAAACACGAUAGGCAUAGCAAGUUAGGAGAGACAAAACUUGAAAAGAUGUACCCGCCAACUCGUCAACCAUACGUUUGCAACGCAACAACUUCCCAUAAUGACUCAGCUGUCAGCUCCUCGUUUUCAGGAGAAACGCCAAGUUCACACAGAAUGCAUAGUAAUCGACUUCGUCACAUCCGAGAGGAGCAAGCUCGUGAGAACACCGGUACGGUUACAGUACCCCGUGUUGAGAAAUCCACUUCUGAUACUCAACAAUUCGAUCAUUCUUCUGAGUCAGGAAGAAUAUAUUUCGGAAUGGAAGUAACUAAAAAACUGCUUCGCCAUAUGGACAAAGUCAAGUUGAACGAUGAAAUGGAGAAGAGGAUUGACGAUAUUGAAGAGUGUCGGUAUACGACAAUCGACAUGGUCAACGGCACAGAAGCCGAUGCAGAUUUGGGUAAAAUUGAUGAAGAUGAAGAGUUGGAUGAUUAUUUGAAGAUGAAAAUGACUGAUGAUUCACAAAAAGGCUCACAGAAUAGGUCACCCAAAGGAGCGAAUGGGGACAAAAAUGGGGGAAAAGGAGAAACAUCGAAAAAUGCUACCCUUUCCCCAGCCCCACCAGUUGCUCAACAACGGGAAUCUCCACGUGGAUCUUUUCCACAUCAUCUUCAACAACACUCGAUUCAUAAUAAUACAAUGAGAAUUCCUAGAAGGACUUCCAAGGAGUAUCCUCUUGAUGUUGCAAUGACAACAUCAACAUCUUCAAGACAUUCUCAUCAAAAUCAGCAUUAUCCACGUCAUCAUCAAAUCGACAGUAACCGGAUAAUGAGCCAAUCAAUGUGUGGAGCUCCUGGACCAUCAUACUCUUCUGCUUCUUCCACUUUUAGCCGGGAUUCUUUCGCCCCAUCACCAAUGACAAGAGGCGUGCAAGGUGCACCAGGCAGCAGCAAAUCAAGUCAAAUGUAUGAUUCAUCUGGAAUUGGAUCAAUGGCUCCAUCUGCAUUUUCUGCCACGUCCUCACUGGAUUAUAAAGAGAAGAGACACCGAAAAUCGUUGCCAAAUCAUCAUACAUUGAUGAGUACAAGUCUGACUUCUCCACGGAAACAUCAUAAAAUUGGAAAGAAUUUGUCGAAUCUCAUAACGAUCAGUUAUAUUGGUUCCGACAAAAUCCCAGUUGUCACUCACGUUCCAAAUGAUGGACCAAUGACUUUGGCUGAAUUCAAACGUCAUUUCGCUCUGCCAUCUGGUGGACAACAAUUAUUUUUCAAAACCGAAUGCGAAGAUGGAACCGCCCCUUUCCAAUUGUUACUCAUUCGAGAAGAGCACACACUUCUUCCCGUAUUUGAGGGUCGAAUUGCUGCGGAGCUCCGAUAA